CAUUGAUAUCUUCUUGUUUUAUCAGAAAUAAAAUAAAAUAGAUGGUCAUCAUGCCACAGAGAAUCCUGAGCUGCAGAAGCGCCAUCCUCGUGGCUUACUUAGGUCUCCUGUUGUACCAUGAGUUCCUUCGUGGUUCGAGCACGGAGCCUCAGGUGCAGGUGGAGGCCCAACAGGACACCUCUGCCCCUGGCCCGGUCCAUGUCCCAAGCUUGGUCCUUCCGGAAGCCACGGAGAUCCUGGGCGGCCUGGGGGAGAGCGAGCCAGGGGGCGUGACGCUAACGACGAGCGGGAGCGCCGAAAAACUGCAGCAGGCCACGCAGGUUCUCCAGAAUGUCGGCGAGUGGUUCGGCAACCACGAGGUCAUGGCCACGCUGACGGAGGCCAGGCUGGAGAGCAUCGAGAAGCGGCUGGAGACCUUCUCGCGGAUGGUGGACAACUUUUCCAAGGGACUCGACCUCACGUGGAAGCAGAUUGACUUCGUCAACAAGCACUACACAGGGGAAGUGGCCACGAAGCUGGAGACGAUGAUGUCCUCCGUGCAGUACUUCCACAAGCAGCUGGAGACACUGAACUUGCAGCAGAGAACAGACAUCGACGCCAGCCAACAAAUGGCUUCAAACUUCCUCUCCGUGAACAGCAGACUCGCAAAACUGGAAGAGAAAUCGGAGGAAGACAACGCGGGCAUUCGUAGCGUCCAGUUCGACUUGGAGGAACACCUGCCGUUGCUGAGGUCGAUGGUCAAGGAGGAGGUCCAGGCUCACCGCGUGCCCGAGGACCUCGACUCGCGCAUGGUGGCCGUGGACGAAGCCACCGUGGCCACCAUAAACAGGAUGGGCAAUCUCGAGGCCAAGGUCGCCGAGUCCGAGAGGCUGCACGCAGAAAUCCUCAGCCUCACCGACAGCCUCAUCAGGAGAGACAACGAGAUAAACAACCUGACGGCGCUGCUGCUGGAUCUCGUCAAAUCCGUCCACACAACCCAGAGGCAUCCGGGGGUUCCACUGCACCCAGAGUGCCGCUCCCCUUACCUUCGUGUGGGCCAACUAUGCCUCGCGACCACCCGCACGCCCACGCCCUGGAACCACGCCCGCGACGCCUGCCUUGGCUCGGGGGGUCAGCUCGCCCUGCCCUCCAACCUGACCCUCUUCGCACGCUACCUCAGAUCCAACAACGGUAAGUGGAAGGAAGAUGACAAUGUAAGGUAUUUUGCGCAAGUAAGCGCCUGGUGCCACGUGCCAGGGACGCCCGCCCUGGCGACGGGCAGGAGGUUCCCGCAUCGAACACGUCUCUCCGGCGGCGACUUUCCCUCGCUCGCCCCCGAGGCUCUCCUCCGGCGUCCGAGGGGAGUCCCGCAGGAGUCCUGUCGCGUCCGCCCACUGACUCGUUUCUCUCUCGUUCCAGGAGGCAUGAUUGUGACGCCCACCUACAGCCGCGAGAUGGGCGAGGGCGGCCGUCUGCUGCCCGCCGCCCGCGUCCCGACCCUGGGCCUGCCAGACCCGAACCCCGCGCCCACGUACAAGUCGGACGUGGCCGUGUACAAGGCGGGCAUGGGCGUCGCCGGGGCCUACGACCACAACAAGAACAGUCUGAGCGAGAAGGAGGGCAGCUCCGGCGGGGCGCUCGGGCCGCACGCGCACGCGCACCACCUGCAGCCCUUCACGGCGCCCUGGCUGGCCGAGGUCGCCCACAUCACGCCCGCGCGCCCCAGCGACCACCUGCCCUACCCGCAGCCCCCCGCCCCCUCCCUGCCCGACUACUACCCGCACUACCCCAGCCUGGCGCACCGCCCCGCGGGCUACUACCCGCACCCGCCCACGCCCGUGUCGGCGGCGCCGCCCCUCAUGCGGCCCCUGGCGCCGCCGCCCCUGCGCGGACUCCACCCCGACCCCAGGGACCCCAGGGACCUCAGGGACGUGCCGCCGCCGCCCGGGAAGAUGCGGCCGCGGCCGCCGGACCUGACGCUGCCCGUGAGCCCCGGCGUGCCCCCGGGGGAGCCCUCCCCGCGGGGCCCGCACGGGGAGCCGAGCCCCAAGCGCCGCGCGGGCGCCUCCGCCUUCCCGAUGCCGGCGCCGAGGUCCCCGCGCGCCGGCCACAGGGGGCACUCGGCCCUGGCGGUGUCGGGCCCUCCGGUGCCGGGGCGGGGCCCCCUCCGUCCGCGCCGCCGCCCGCGCCGGGCCCUCCGCUGCCGCGCCGCGCCGCAUCGGGGGCCCGUCGCCUCGGCCUCAGCGUCCGCCGCCCCCGCCGCGACGCCGCCCGAAGAGCCGCGCCCCGCCUCGCCCUACCACGCCCACUUCGCCCGCGGCGCCCUCGUCACGGUGGGCACGACGGUGCGGCGCGUCGAGGAGCUCGAGACCAAGGACUUCCUGGAGGCGGCGCGCGCGGCGGACGACCUCAAGCUGGACCCGUCGACGGUGGCCGCCAUCUGCAGCAGCCCCAGCCGGCCUGGCACCUCCACCAUCACCUUCACCUUCCCCUCCAGGAACACGCAGGUCUCCGUCGAGGCGUCCCUGGACCACCCGUUCUUCGUGUUCCACUGCGGCUGGUCCUCCUGCUGCCCCGAACGCACGCAGAAGAAGUACGAGCUGAAGGUGCGGCAGCUGCAGGUCGGCGACGUGUGCGUGUCGCUCACCAAGAAGGAGCCUCCUGCAGCCGCCCCCGACUCGGCCGCCUCCCUGCCACCGCCGCCUCCGACGUCCUCCGCCGCCUCUGCCUCCUCCUCCUCCUCCGCCGUCUCCAUCAGCGGCUCCCCCUCCUCCGCCGCCGCGAACCAAGUGCCAUCGACGUGUGCCGACUCAACCGCCAACCCAGCACCUACCUCCCCCUCCACCUCCACCUCCCCCUCCACAUCCACCUCAGUCUCCACUUCCACCGCCGCCACGACGCCCACCCCGACCUCCGCCUCCCCUCCGCGCGUGUCCCCCUCCGACGCCUCCGCAGCGGCGGCGGCGGCGGCCAGGGGCUCCCGCGAGCGAAGAAGGGGAGCGCCUCGCUGCCGUUCCUCGGGGGCGCGUCGGGCUCGAGCGUGUGGACCAAGCCGGCGGCGCUGAGGACCACGGAGCGCCAACAUUCCAGCGACGAGGCGCAGAAGGAGGAGAAGGACUCGGUUCGCAAGCGCCGCUGGUCCGACCCCGGCCAAGGGACGUGACACCCACACCGGCGUCGGCCAGCGUGCGAGGG